AAAGAAGAAAAUGCAUGAGUCAUCACAAUAACCUCACUUUAUUUAUUUUCGAAAACUAAAAAUAAAUUUUUUCGCUGCUCUUUGAAUAACAAACAAUUCUACAAUGUCUACAUUAACCAACGCCGAAUAUUCCGAGCAUCUAAACCAAAAUUUAUCCAUCCUGUACAAAUACGGAAGAACUGGAUUUUCCAAAUUCCAACCCACCGACGUCCGAUUCCUAAUCAACAAGUACAUAGAAACGAGAUACAACUACAAAACCUACCACUUGCUACUAGAAAUCCCUUACGCUGGCCGCAUUCUCAACUGGGACCUGAUUUUCGAUCCCGAAGACUUGGGCGAAGUGCCAGACUUUGAUUUCAACGACGACUCGUUUUUGCGCAAUCCCGACAUCGAAUACAUUGCUAAAGUGAUUCCUAGCUGGGACAAAUGGGACUUAACUAAUCAUUAUUCGCUUACGAAUAUUGUAAAUGAGUUUUUGUGCCUCUACAAAAAAACCCACUUGGAUAAGUUGAUUAAAAACAACAAGUUUGCAAAUAUUAAAAACGCUUUUGAAGAGUUGACUAAAAAGUUUGGUUUGUCUUCAAACCAACUUGAAGUGCACGUUGAAACAAUUGCAAACGAAAAUAAUAAAGAAGAAUAUAAUUUGGUUAAUUUUUUGGUUAAUUUGCCAGUUGAUUUGUCCAAGUUGCCUGAAUAUUGUCAAGAAGACCCUGACAAUUUUAUAAAUCCUGGCGAUGAUUUUGUGCAUUUGCACAUUCAAAUGAAGAAACUUGACAAUUCAUUAACCAAAAUAGCUUUGACACUAUCGCCAAGGGUUGAGCAAGUUUUAGGAAGACUCGAUUUACCGAAAUUUACAAAAGAUGACACUCUUUGUACUUAUGCAAAUGCCAUACAAAACCUUAUUGAAUUGCAAAUAAAACAAAUUUGCAGACGUUACAAUGCCAGGAGUAUGUUUGUUUUAAACAUUGUCGAUACUUUUUCAAAUAAUGUUGCUGAAUAUGAUGCUACAAAAUUUUAUAAAGUUGCCUUUAUUUAUGAAGAUAAGGCUUUUGAAAAUUAUGCUUGUUUGGUUACGGUUCAGUUGGGUGGCAAGUUUCCACAAGAAAGGCCCAAAGUGCACAUGAACUCUUUAUAUUGUCACGAAAAUAGAAGUUGCAUGUUGGCUGUACCUUUUUCAACCUACAAGCCACAAGCAAAUGAUGUUGAGAAUGUUAUUGCUUUAAAGAUGCUUUUGAAGCAACAUGCUGAAACAUUGCAACAUCAUAAGCAUUAAAUUAUAAGUUAUUUUUUAACAAAAAUAGAAUGUUAUUUUUUUCAUUUAAAAAUAAAUAAAUUUAUUAUUUAUUAAUGCAAUUUUAUUGUUCUUGCUACAACAUUACAACUCAUAAUCCAAAAAUGAAAAGAUACAUAAUUUUUCUCAUUUGGAAAUGAAAUAAUAUAGUUAAAUGGAGCUAAAUCUAUAUAAUCUGGUAGUUUAAAUAAAUGAGUACGUCUGUAAUAUAUUGUUAACAAUAACAGCAAUAGUGUGCAAAGGGCUUGAGGUCCAUAUUUGGCCAACAUUUGUAAGGAAAUUGUGUUUCUUUGCUCUUUAGUUUCUUUAAGUUGCUGAUCGAUUGCGUUAAUUUUGCGCUGGAUUUUUGAAUAUUUGGCAAAAUCGUCCAUCAUGUUGUAUUGUUUCUGGUCACCUUCUAGUUGUUGUUUUUGGUUGAGGAGCUGUUUUUGGUCGCUGGAUGGUUGGUUGAACCACUUCAAAAG